UGGUGGAUCCACACGACGGACGAAAUCCGUCUUUCUCGCGACGGACGGCGCAUCACGUGACUACGCGUCACGGAUUUGUGCCGUCCGCGCGUCGUCCGCGACCCCCACGGACGGAAAAUGCCGAGCUAUUUUUCGCAUCCGGAUUUUGGGGGUCGAAUGCUGCGGAUUUAGCCUAACAUGCUCUACAGUCUGGCAACAAGCGUGGCUUUGGGAUCUUUCUGUGACAGCUUCAUCGCUGCUGACAUCAUUCGUGUCUGUGCGCGCGCGACUCUACACGAGGCACUGAAAUGAAUCUGAGCGACGACGCAACAGUUUUUUUUUUACAUCUGGUAGAGCAGUUCCCCGCGUUGUGGGACAUGACGCUCACCGAAUACGCCGACACGAGAGCCAAGGAGACUAUUUGGCAGCGCAUCGCCAGCGAAAUGGACCUGGAGUGGCCAGCGCACGGGCCAUAUGACACCAAAGCCCUACGACGCUUCUUCGACAAUAAGAGACGCACCUACCGCUUGGAGAAGAAGAAGGUGGAGACAACAAAGAGCGGCAUGGCAUGCUCAGAUGUUUACCGAGGCCGUUGGCGCUUCUACAGCAUUCUUAAGUUUUUGGACGCGGCGAAAGUGAACUGCCAGCGUUCGGUGAGUGGUGAAACUCACCAAGCUAUGCCGGAGAGCUCAGAGACAGCCCAACUCAAUGAGACUCCAGAUGCCACAGAUACAGAGACCACAGCGCUGGAGGAUGACAGCAGUACCGUGGCUGACGUACCGAUUGGCAAGGCAUCUGCUGCAAGCUGUUGUUCGACAGUGGGGAGGAAAAGACGACAAUCUGCUAUGUCGUCAGCUGAUAUGUGGACCAAAAGGCAGCAUGUGCUGCAAAAGAUAGCAACUAGCAUGGACCAGCCAGCAAAAGCUACACAACCUGAAGAUGCAGCUGAAUGCUUUGGAAAAUUAGUUGCUGCACACAUGCGCCUCGUUCCCAAAGCUGACAUUAUCGCAUGCCAAACUGCCAUGCUGAAGACCCUAGAAAAUUAUGUAGACAGGACUUAGCAAGUUUGUGUGACAUCAUCUCAAAUGAGAAGUUAGAAAGAAACUCAGUUGUUUGAAUAAAACACUUUUUGUUUGUA